UUUAGUCGGCCACUGUCCAUCAUACAGCAUACAACUUCCAUGUUCUGCCAUUGCCUAUCGACGAGGGCGAGAUGCAACAGCCAAUUGGUUGCGUUCAGUCCGAGGGUGUCUUGGUAGUGAAACAUGACGCUUGAAGAGUUGCCAUCACACGGUGGAAAUUUCCACUGUGUCCCUCGGUUGUUAAAUGGGAAGGGUCUCCCUUACUGGUGUUCACUACGCUUACUUGUCCUCCACCUAUGAAGUCCCGAACAAUUAAAAUUUAGGUAUUUUCCCUAUAGUAUAAGGCUGAGCUAAAGCACGCCAACCUACCGAGUACAACUGCUCUGCUUUGGACCGUGACCCCUUCCCCAGCCCCGCACCACUAUAGCCGUAACCAUGGACCGCAUGGAGCUGAAGAAAGUCUGCACGGAGGCAGACGAUGACAGCACAGCCAGUUUGGACGACCGCUUCACAGAGCCCAUCGACUCAGAGAAGGCCACCAUCAACAGUCACUUCCUGGAUGAGGAUGGAGACGCAGAGAGCGACAAGUUUCUCACUAAUGGGAUUAUGAAGAAGAAGAAGUACGAGGAGUAUCAAGAAGAAUACCACCCAGGACAUACCUCCUUUGGUAUGUCGGUCUUCAACCUGAGUAAUGCUAUAAUGGGCAGCGGCAUCCUGGGUCUCUCCUACGCCAUGGCCAACACGGGGAUUGUGCUUUUUGUAGUCCUUCUCUUGGGUGUGGCCAUCUUGUCAUUGUACUCCGUUCAUUUGCUGCUAAUGACUGCAAAAGAAGGAGGCUCUCUCAUCUAUGAAAAGUUGGGAGAGCGAGCUUUUGGCUGGCCGGGGAAAAUGGCUGCGUUUGGAUCGAUAACCCUUCAAAAUAUUGGUGCCAUGUCCAGCUACCUCUUCAUUGUAAAGUAUGAGCUGCCAGAAGUGAUCCGUGCCUUCAUGGGACUGGAGCAGAGCUCUGGUGAAUGGUACAUGAACGGAAACUACCUGGUUGUGUUUGUGUCCAUCGGUAUCAUCCUGCCUCUCUGCAUACUCAAAAACCUGGGCUACCUUGGCUACACCAGUGGAUUCUCUCUAUCCUGCAUGGUGUUUUUCCUGGGAGUGCUGAUCUAUAAGAAGUACAACCUCCCCUGCCCGAUGCCCUUCAUGUACCAUCAUACCAACCACAGUAUGAACGGAACAGCCCUGGGGCCCCACGCCCUGCACAACGGCACCGUCCUCAUGGACAUGUCCCCCGCCUCCUACCUGGACGGCCACCACACCUCAGGGGUCCACUUCGAACCACACCCCGACGACGUGGAGGAGAUGUGCACGCCCAAGUACUUUGUGUUCAACUCUCAGACUGCUUACACUGUUCCCAUCCUGGCCUUCUCCUUUGUGUGCCACCCUGAAAUUCUACCCAUCUACAGUGAACUCAAAGAUCGCUCCCGGAGAAAGAUGCAGAACGUGUCUAACCUGUCCAUCCUGGCCAUGCUGGUCAUGUACAUGCUCUCAGCGCUGUUCGGCUACCUCACCUUCUACGAAAACGUGGAGGCGGAGUUGCUACACACCUUCACCAAGGUGUAUAAGUUUGACACCAUGCUCCUGCUGGUCCGUCUGGCUGUCCUGACCGCUGUCACCCUGACGGUCCCCAUUGUUCUGUUCCCUAUCCGUUCCUCCAUUAAUACCAUGCUGUUUAGCCAACGGGAGUUCAGCUGGGUGCGUCACAUGCUCAUCGCCGCCUUCAUCCUCCUGUUCAACAACCUGCUGGUCAUCUUCGUCCCCACCAUCAGAGACAUCUUCGGCUUCAUCGGCUCCUCUGCAGCCACCAUGCUCAUCUUCAUCCUCCCUGCUGCCUUCUAUCUACGCCUGGUCAAGUCCGUGCCGAUGCACUCCGUGCAGAAGAUCUCAGCGGCCAUUUUCCUGGUGGUGGGCAUCAUCUUCAUGUUCAGCAGCCUGUCGCUCAUCGUGAUGGACUGGAUCCACAACCCUCCCGGCUCCGGCGGUGGUCACUAAGAGGACCCCCCUUACCUCCACCCCCUCUCACCUCAAACCCCCUCCCCUGACUGUGCCUUGGGGGUAAGGUAACCGGGCCCGGGGGUGCCCCCACACAUCACCCACAGACUGAGUACGUCAGCGUACUGUAAAGGGGCGGUUCGCUUUUCUCAACCCCCACCCCUUUCCACAAAGUAUUACUGGAGGGGACUACGUUCUACGACUGAAACAGACACUUUUAAGUUCGUUAUUAUUUUUCUUUGUUGUUGUUGUUGGAUGGUUUAGUUCUAUAGAAUCCUCCACAACAGGGACUCGCCGAAAGGACACAAAGUAAUCCCGGAGGACGGUCAGAAACGGAAGAAAAGACGUCAGACGCUGCGGCUGUUGCUGGGCGCCCUGCCAUAGUUUUCUAGAUAGCCCAUCAUCCCUACUCUGUGAUAUUACCUGAGCAAACGAAAAAUACGAGCAGAGACCUCAACCAUUAAACGGUCAAGAGAACCCAAAGAGAACAAGAGCUGAUCUGAGCGCUGCCACUAUUGGAGCUGGUUGUGACUGCAGGCGUGGCUUCAGGGCCAUGGGCUCUGCACACUUGAAGAUUAGAGAGAGAGAGAAAGAGAGAGAGAGAGAGAGAGAGAGAGAGAGGUGGGACAAGGGUUCAAAAACAAAGAGCACUUUUAGCAUAUGUUUCAAGUUUUAAUGUAUUUUUAACACAUUCAGACACACACAACGACACACAAGAAACACACACACAUACAGCACGCCAUCUACACUAAUUGGAGCUAUUUUGCUUACUGUCAAAAUAUAUUUUUGUACACCUACGGGGAGUAAGCAAAGUCGAUGUAACCGUACAUAUGACAGCUGUAGUAUCUUUUUCUGAGCUAGAGACUGGAAAAAGUUGUUCUGAGUGAUAUUUGUAAACUAGGUUUGGUAAAGUAGUUUCUAUGUUAUUUUAUACUCUUACAAUCAAUCACAUCACCAAAGUUUAUGUGCGCACAGAUAUUUCUCAGUGGCCAGUGUGUUGCUCUCAAAACAUCCCUUGACAGCAAUCAUCAGAUCAGACGUUGGCAAUCAUACACAUUGACAGACACAUACACCAAGUCAACAUUUUCAGCCAUAUCCAUUCUCCCAAUCAACACUUAAUGUGAUGAUCAACACACACUGUCAGCCAUUUUGAAACCGCCGUGUAGACUGAGCUUCAAACAAGAGACUGCAUUCAUUCAGUGUUAUUGUCGCAGAGAUUUGAAUGUUGCCGAGUUUUGAAUGUACCGGUACUUGGCCAAUGGUCUACUGAUCUACUGAAUGACAGUUUACGUGUUUCUUUCUUUGCCUUCUUGUUCACUCUUGUCCAAUGUGUCACGCUACAGACCCCUUGGGUCAAUUGCAGCCAACAUUACCAGGAGAUGAGCUCAUGUUGUUGGCUUGAGAUCAUUUUCAACUUGUAACUCCAUCUCUUCCUAAACUUCAUGUGAAGUGAACUGUGCUAUGAAAUACAACUAGUGAAAGCUAGUUUCAGUGAAGAGGAACAACAACAGAGCUCUAUGAGAGUUAAAGAAGGUCUACUGGCAGUAUACCAUACAGGUUAUUUAGCUAUUUGACUUGGCACAGCGAUCCUAUAACCCAUGAGAAUGUUUUUCUUCUAUCCCAGUGUGUAAAACGAUAUCUUGUGACAAAAUUCAAUUGUAGAAAAAAAUAUUGUGGGUAAAAUAAGCAAUGGAUUGGACCUCCAAACUGUGCUGUUUCUGAGACACAAGAUAAGUUGUUUUAUCACCUUAAAGGGGAAAUCUGCAGUUGCUACAUUUUUGGACUUAUAAAUUAAUCAUUUGUACCCAUUGAUUCUUGAAAAAUAUCACUUAUGAAUGCCUCAAGAGCAUAGUUUAACCGUCGUACCCCAUCAGAACCCAAAAUAUAUGAUUGGUUUACUCCAAUGUUUGUAAACAACGUAAAUGUAAACAAUAUAUAGCCUCAAAACAUGGUUAAAGCCAUAAUUUUGAUAUCAUGGAGGGUCAGUCCUUGCAUCCGUAUAUCUCAUCCUUCAGCUUUUUCCAGAACAGACGGGGACUACACUUUGUUAUUGCUUCAACUGCUGAUUGGCCCUUUAAGUUCAAUAUGGGUCAUAAUGUCAAAUGUGGAAACGAUUAGAGAAAUGAAAUGCAUCCACUGUUACUUAGCAGGCUUGUCAUUUGGUGAUGUUUUAACCAGUGAUUUGUUUAUGGCAGACAGUAUGUGUUUAUUACUGUGAUUGUGACUCUUGUUACUGUAAUUUACAUCAUUUCAACGGACCAUUAUUUGUUAAAAUGCCCUAAUUAAUUAAUUAACACCACGAUAAAUGAAUUUCAAAAUAUUGUGCCGUGCUGACAAAACAGUUGUCAGUAGGUGGCUACAUUAGCAGUUUGCAUUCAAAGCAGAGAAUACCUGUUUUCUAAGGUAUUAAAGCAGAUACGUGUUCCGAAUGGAUCCAACAAAUUGAUAUUUCAAAUGAAAUGGUAUAGUAUGUGCAUGUUUUGGAUUACAAACAUGGUCUUUUCUGACAACUUGUAUAUGCUUUGUAAAUAAUCUUAUUAUAUGGUACUCACUGAAUUAUGUGUGUGGGGGGUUGUAAGGGAUUUUACCAGAAGUCCUCUACAAUCUACAAUGUUAUUUUAGUGUUCAAUGAUAUCGAUUUUUCUCUAUGAUAUUUUUUUUUAUGGAAGCUUGUACAUUUGUAGAAAAUCUCUAUCCCUUUUCAUUUCUUUAUAGUUACAUAUCUGGAGUACCUAGACCUUGAAUUAAUGAAUGGUUUGUCGGUAAUGUUGUCUGAUGCCUCAGUCCUACAGUGGCUGCAGGGUCCAAAUAGAAUCUCAGUGUUGAUGUCUUGCGAGACUUAGGUAGAUAUUGCCUAUGUUGAGCUGAAGUACUUGAUUCAUGGGUGCGCUGUCAAAAGAUCAAUGAUGUUCAGAUCACAUGCUUUUAGUAAGAACCACCCAACAGUCACAUUUUAGAUGCGGUCCGCAUCGAUAGGGGCUGCUGGGUCUUUGCUGAAAUUCCUCCUGAGCCUCAGUUACUGUAUGUGAAGAUACAUUUCAUGAAGUAUAUUGACAAAAACCUUACUAUUGUGUGAGAAUGCAGAAACCAACCUUUGCCUUAAUAAUUGCAAACUUCAGUUCAUCUAGGGAGCAAACCUUAGGGUCAGGCACGGCACCAGAUGUAAGACCUUGGUCAUAGUGAUUUUGUCAUUCGUUUUUUAACAUUCAAAGGUGGCAUGUUUUUUUCCCCCAAUGAAGGACUAGAGCGGAGAGCACAACUGUUGGGGUCUCAGACACUCAAGAAGGGGGUCAGGGAGGGGCUCUUUCAUCGCUAUGCCCUCAAUAUCACUCAGGUACAACUUUAGACUGUUGUAGCAUGACAUGCUGUAGUCACGACAGCUGACUUUAAUAUACGUUAAAUGACUAAACACUCUGGCAUGCGAACUACAUGUCAUGCGUUUGACAACGUAAAGUAGGCUUCACGCCGGAGGGUUUAAGUAAUGUGUUACCCCAAAAGCAUCUACCUUAUCUGUAACCUGGCCCGAAAGAAGCACUGGGUCAGCACCAGUGUCCUGCCGUUCAGUGUCUGCUUCCUGUGGAUCAACUAACAUUCAAAUUGUAUAUUUGCCUGAACAAAGGGGAUUUUUGUAUCAGUGAAGCUGUUUCAAUAUCAUGUAACAUGAACAAUAAAAAUGUGAAAUAAA